AUGAGUCUGGAGUCUUUGUUCCAGCACAUCAUAUUCUCUGAGCACCAGGCGGAGGAGAGUCGCCGCUUGAUGCGGGAAGUAAGGUCAGAAAUAAACAGAUAUCGUGAGAAAAUCCAGAGAACAGCAGAGCAGCUGAAUGAAGAGAAAAUUCAGUUGGAAUCUAAGGUUCAGCAGUUUUCUGAAAAAGCCUUCUUCUUACAGCUUUUGAAAACGCACGAAAAUGCCUUAGAGAGACAGUGCAAUGAAAUUACAAACCAAAGGAAUAUGCUUCUCCAAACCUUUGAGGCUACAAAGAGAAGAGUUACAGAGGAGGAAGAAAAAUUUAUUAAGGAAAUUACAGAUUUCAAUAAUGAAUAUGAAUUAACAAAGAAACGAGAGCUCUUGAUGAAAGAAAAUGUCAAGAUUCAAAUAUCUGACUUAGAAAACCAGGCAAACAUUCUUAAAAUGGAAAUGAAGUCAAUGGAACAUGAUAAUGACCUGUUAAAUGAACUUCAAAAACAAAAGAGUGAAUUAAUACAAGAAUUAUUUACUUUGCAGAGGAAGCUUAAAGGUUUUGAAGAUAAAAAAAAUGGAGUCAUUUGUACUACUAAAUAUCUAGAGGCAGAAAAAAUAAAAAUCAGUGAAAAACCUCAAAAUGAUGCUGAAUGCUUAAGACUUAAAAAAGAAUUAGAACUUCAUAAGGAAGAUGACAUGCAAAGUGUUUAUGAUGCUCUCCAAUCAGAAAUAGAAUUUUUGGAGUUGACAUUGGCACAGAAAGAUCAUCAGGAAACAAAUAACUUGUAA